CUCUCUCAUAUCUCCUCUCAAAGGAUCAUUGUUGAAGGUGACUUGAAGAUCUUGAUAGAUGCCCUCAACCAAACCAUAUUUCCUCCCUGGCGCAUUAAAUUUGUGCUGCAAGAUAUUAAGGAGCUUACUCAUCGUUUUGCAUUAGUUUCCUUUUGUCAUAUUUGGUGAGAGGCCAAUUUUUGGCGGAUAGCCUUGCUAAUCUACGGCACUCCUAUCCUUCUCUUUCUCAUUUAGUUUGGGAGUGCCGCCUUCUAGUUUGAUCUCAAAGUGGUUGUUCUAGGGGUUUUCUUUGUAAUUUUCUUUCCUGAUCGGAAAAAAAAAAAUUACAAAAUUGUUUGGCGGCAAAAUUUGUGCAAAAAAAAAAAAAAAAAAGUAGACAAACAAUCGUUGGUCUGCUUCAUACGUAAGGAAAUCAGGUUGUAAUGUUGUAAGCCUUAAUCCAUUAGGAAAAGGACUCCAAAGCCGAUAACAUUUAGGAAUAGGAAUGCUAAGCCUUUAACAUAUAAAUAGGGUUUGGAUGAUCAUUUUUGUUUAUUGGGAUAUGAGUUAGCGAACCUCAUCAACAUCAACAACUCUCUGUGUGCUGUGUUCUUGCUUCUUCUUGGCGUUAACAAUUUAAAAUUUUUUUUUUAAUAUUUUGUACUUUGAGGUUUUACGGCAUGUCUACGCCCAGCCUACAAGUGAGGGACAACAUUGAACUAGAUGAAACUGAGGAGAGGAUCUUCACAUUGCUGCUCAAAAUGAUUCACCAAUGUAACCUCAAGACGGAGCUUCGCGUCGCCGGUGGAUGGGUCCGGGAUAAGCUUCUGGGACAAGAGUGCAAGGACAUUGACAUUGCUUUGGAAAAUAUGACCGGCAAAGACUUUGCUGAGAAUGUCCAAAAGUACAUGACCUCUGUGGGUGAAAAAUCUCAAGAAAUUGCUGUCAUUGGAAGCAAUCCAAAGCAAUCAAAACAUUUGGAAACGGCGAGGAUGCGCAUUUUUGGAUUGUGGAUUGAUUUUGUGAACUUACGUUGUGAAGAGUAUAGUGACAACAGUCGCAUUCCUAGUGACCAAAAAUUUGGCACACCGGAACAAGAUGCAAUGAGGAGGGAUCUGACCAUCAAUAGCUUGUUCUACAAUGUUAGUACUAAAUCAGUUGAGGAUUGGACCAAUAGAGGAAUUGACGAUUUGAAAUCAGGGAUAAUUGUGACUCCUCUACCACCAAUGGAGACCUUGUUGGAGGAUCCCCUGCGAGGUCUACGAGCUAUCCGGAUUUGCGCAAAGCGUGAUGGAUUCAUACUAGAUGAAGGACUAAAGGAAGCUGCUGCGAGUGAUGAAGUGAGAGCUGCAUUUGCUACUAAAAUCAGCAGAGAGCGAAUCGGAGCUGAAAUUGAUCUCAUGAUCUGUGGCAGUCAUCCUGCCCGAGCUAUGAAGGAUAUCUGUUACUUGAAGUGGUUUUGGGAUGUCUUCAGUCUUCAGCCUCAGUGUGAGCCGCCAUCGGAAGGAUGCGACAAGGCUUGUGUAGCUUACUUGGAUUGUGUAUGUAGCCUUGUUCCGGUAAUUGGGCGCACUACUUUUGAUGAUGAACAGAGAAGGCUCUCUUAUUAUGCUGCUAUGUUCCUCCCACUUGGGAAGAACAUGUACAGGGAUAAGAAAGGUAAAGUCUUUCCUGUGGUGAAUUACAUUUUCAGAUACUCCCUUAAGCAAAAAGUCAGUGAUGCUGAAAGUGUUAUGAAGAUACACUAUGCAUUUGAGAAGUUCUUACCUUUGCUUCCUCACUUUGGAUCCAAUGGAGGUGAUGUUCAACAAGCUGAGGAUGAUUUGGGAAUUGGAGAAUAUGUUGAUGAUGUCUCUGUUACUUCAAAAGAAUCAAAACUCCGAGUAUUGACAGGAUUUCUCUUGCGAGAAGUUAAAGAUUUUUGGCGAGUUGCUUUGCUCAUGUGUUGUGCGCAAGAUCCUUUGGACAAGAACUUCACACUAAAAGAUCGAAGAGCGUUUUUUAGACGAGUUGAAAGGGCCAUAGUUGAUGAUCUAGGCCUUGACAAAGUCUGGGAUGUAAAGCCAUUACUUGAUGGAAACGCUAUCAUAAAACAUUUGCAGCUUAAAUCUGGAGGACCAGUUGUCAGUAAAUGGCAAAGGAAAGUACUUGCAUGGCAGCUAGCUCAUCCUUCCGGGACUGCAGGGGAAUGCAUAGAGUGGAUGAUGGAAACUCAUUCUUCAAAUUACAAUUAAAACUUUAAUAUCAGCAUGUUAUUAGUCGACACUAAAACUGUACAACUUCGAGUUCAAUGGAUGUAGUUCACUUCAACUUUUCA